CCUGGUACUCCCAAGGGCAGUGGGUGCUGCUCCUGCGACCCCAUGGCGCCAUUAGUGCUCGCGAUGAGCGUCAGUGGUGACUAUCUGCUCCCGCCGUUGUGUUUCCUUGGUAGACUGAGACACUGACCUCGUGGUAGAAUUAGACAUAGGCCUCGCAUGGUAGGAAGCGUAGCUCGCGUCUUUCAUUGUCGUACUCCGGGCGCGGUACAAGUGACUCAGGGUCGGGGUCGCAUGUCCUCAGGGUCGCAUUUUUAACGGGUUCCAAGGCGAUUUGAUGUGGCGAUAGAACCUUUUUAUGUGUGUUGAGUGCGGUGGGGGGUCGACCUUUUGCAUGCGACCCCCAAAAAAGUCAACUUGUACCGCGCCCGUAGCCUGGAAGCAGCUGCACCUUUUCCAACCGAUACGAGCGACGGUCUAGUCUCGUUUCACUUAUGCAUAGUGUCAGGUGAAGCAUCGCCGAGCGAUCAUCCACUCGCUGGCUCGAUUAUGCGAAACCUAACGCCUCAGUGAACCUUAGUAGAAGCAGCGAGUCAGCACCUCGGUGGCGCAGUGAGUCAGUGACUUAGCGACGCAGCGAGUCAGCGCCUCGGUGGCGCAGUGAGUCUGUGACUUAGCGACGCAGCGAGUCAGUGCCUUAGCGACGCAGCGAGUCAGUGCCUUAGCGACGCCAGCGAGUCAGUGCCUUAGCGACGCCAGCGAGUCAGUGCCUUAGCGACGCCAGCGAGUCAGUGUCGCUGAAACCCAGCAACGCAGCGAGUCAGGGUCGCGGCAAUGCACAGCCUGGCGAUGGGGACGAGCCGCGGGCACGUGGCGGUGUGGGUGGUGGAGGUGGUGCGCGACAAGGAAGUGAGCAAGGAUGUGCUGCUCACCGCCAUCGAGGACGCGCGCCUCUGCGCCUUCCGCGUUGCCUUCAACCUCGUCUCCGUCCUCACCGCCGUGCCGUCCUCCACGGGCGCAGAGCUUCCGAUAUCUCAGGCGGACGCGCGGUCGGUGCAGGAGAUGGAGAACAGCAUCUUCCAGAACAUCCUCGUGCCCUUCAAAACCUUCUCCGAACGCAAGCACAUCCCAGCAGCCAUGCACGUGGAGAAGAACGACAGGCGCGAGGAAGGGCUGGUGCACGUGGCAACCUCCUUCCAGGCAACGCGCCUCUACAUUGGCUCCAAGAAGAAGCUCUUUGGCAAGGCGUCCCACGUGCCCGACUACUGCAGCGCCCACCUGCCCGACACGUGCACGCUCGUUCUGGUGCAGGGCGGCAGGAAGAUCAAGGAGCUGCCCGGCGGCGCUGGCCCUCCCGCCCUGCCCUCCCGCUCCACCCGCCACGCUGCCCUGCUCCCGCAGCAGCACGCCCCACGCCCCGACCACCCGCAUCCCUCCCCCCACGCGCCGAUCCCCCACUAUCCACAGAAUCCACAGAUUCCCCAGAUUCCCCAGAAUCCACAGAAUCCACAGAUUCCCCAGAUUCCCCAGUACCCCCAACACACGCAGCGUGCUCAGCCUUCCCUACAGGCCCACAUAGGGCAGCAGAACCAGCUGCAAUCCCAACAGGCGCAGGCCUACUUGCCGCGGGCUAGCAGUGGCAGCGAGUCGGAUGGGAGGGGAGGGGGAGAGGGGGGAGGAGGGGGGGGCGCAGGGGGCUCGUCUCACGUGUCAAGCGCCCUCAGCUCGCCGUCGCAGAGCCCUCCGCUCUCCCCUGCGUCCCGCUCUGCCUACACCGGCAUCUGCCCUCCCGCUGCCGCUGGGGCCUCGCCCCCUGGCGGUGUGAGUGCUGCUCCCUGGGGAAUGGGAGGCGUGGCUGGCGUGGGGGCCGUAGGUGGCAUGGGUGGCAUGAGUGACAUGGGUGGCAUGAGUGGCAUGGGUGGCAUGAGUGGCAUGGGUGGGGUGGGUGGCAUGGGUGGGGUGGGUGGCAUGGGUGGCGUGUUCCCAGCAACUUCUCUCGGUGCUCCUGCACUCUCUCAUCUCUCAUCUAGCCCCACUGAUAGCCCUGGCAGCUCCUCUCUACCCGGAUUCACCUCGAUUCCCACCACCAUGGUUGCUAGUGCCGCCGCCGCUAGCGGUUUCCCGAACCAGGGGAUGCUUCCAGGCUUGGGAACAGGCUCGGGGGCAGGUACGGGAGGACUGGGGGGGCAUGGGGAAGGGGCGCAGUGGAAUGUGUACAGGCAGAUGCUAAGGGCGCAGCACAACCAGCAGCAGUACAAUCAGCAGCAGCACAGCCUGCAGCUUUACAGCCAGCAGCAGCAGCAGCAGGCAGGGGGAAGACAGAUCGGAAGGGUCUCGCCAGAAAGUGUCACUCCUGCUGGCUUAGGCGCUGGGAGCGCUGCCGCCGCUCCUGCUGCUGCUGCUGUGGCUGCAGGCAUGCCGCGGGAUGGCAGUGUGGGCAGCAGCACAGGCAGCGUUGACUCCAACCUGCAUAGGGUGGACUCUGCUUCCGGGCCUCGCCGCCAGCCGUCCCCCUUGGGUGUGCCCGCUCCAAACAGCACCAGCAGCAGCAACACUCAUACUGCCAACCACACUAGCACUCACACCAGCAGCCGGGCAGGCGCAGCUGCAGCCAGGGCGUUCCCAGGCCUGAUAGAGAACGCUCCCAUCUCCCGCACCAACAGUGCCGGUAGCGGUAGCGGUACCAACCCCAGGGCCCAUGGCGGUCACACCCGCCCCCUCCCAUCCACCCGCCUUGGCACCCCCAUGCCUGUCCCUGGGAGGGGCUCUCCCGCGGGGGAUGCUGAUGCUGGAGCUGCCGUGGCGAUGCAACAGCAGCGGCAGCAGGCGGAGCAGCAGGAGGCUCAGGUGAUGAUGCGGCUCUAUCAGCAGCAGCAGAUGGAGCACGAGGGGGCAGCGGUCGAGCAGCAGUUGAGUCAGCGCAAGCAGCGGCAGCAGGCGGAGCAGCAGGAUGCAGCGCAGGUGAUGAUGCGGCUGUACCAGCUGCAGCAGAUGGAGCAGAUCGAGAUGUUCCGGAUGCACCAGCAGGCGCAGCUGGCGUUUCACCUGCAGCACCAGCAGCAGCAGGGGCAGCAGCAGCAGCAGCAGCAGCAGCAGCAACAGCAGGAAUCCCUGCCUCAGGCACACAUACCAGCAGAAAUCCAACAAGCAAAGCAGCAGCAGGAGCAGGAGCAGCAGCAGCAGCAGCAGCAGCAGCAGCAGCAGCAUGUGCGUACAGGGAACCAACUUUCGCAGGCACAGCAGGCCCAGCAGGGAGAGCAGCAAGAUCUAGCAAAGCCGCAAAGAGCCAACACGCUGCCUGGAAAGACGGCUGAUGCGGCAAUGGCAGUGUCCGCCCUUGGCGUUGCACCCAGUAACGCCCCUUCUGCCCUUGGUGUUACACCCAGUAACGCCCCUUCUGGCAUUAACGUUACUCUCAGCAACAUCCCUACCACCAGCACCACUGCCCCCUCUGCCCCCCCAUCAGCAGCACCAGCAGUGCCAGCUGCUGCCCCAUCAUCCUCGGCUGCUGCUGUAAGUGGCCCGUCAACUCCCCCUGUCCCAUGCGCUGCCAGUAACAGUAACAGCAGCAGCAGCAGCAGCAGCAGCAGCAGCAGCAGCAGCAGCAUCAGCAGCAGCAUCAGCAGCCAGUCAGCAACCCUCAGUGACCCGACCCCAGCUCAUUUGGCAGGAGUGGUAGCAGCAGCAGCAGCAGAAGCAGCAGGAGCAGAAGGAGCAGCAGCAGCAAGAGUAGCAAGAGAAGCAGCCGGUUCAGGAACGAGCUCUCUGUCCUCCCUUUCUCCACCUCCUCCUUCCAGCGACCCAGCAGCAGCAGCAGCACUUAUGCAGGCAAACACGGGCAUGGGCAUGGGGAUGGGCACUGGUAUGGGUAUGAGCAUGGGCACAGGUACAGGUAUAGGCUCAGCUAUGGGCACAGGUAUGGGGAUGGGCAUGGGUAUGAGUCCAUUUGGCUGGCCUGGUGCAAGCAUGCAGUAUAUGAAUCCAUACAUGGGCAUGGGCAUGGGCAUGGGCAUGCAUGGAUCCAUGGGAGGACCCAUGGGUGGGGGGAUGGGAGCAGGGGGGGUGCCCAUGGGGCAAACGGGGUUGAUGGGCGGAAUGGGUGGAAUGGGGGGGGUGAGUGGGUUUGGGUUUCCUAAUCUCGAUUCUGCUACCUCUUCUUCUACUGCUGCUGCUUCCUCUGCUGCUACUGGCACCUCCACUGGAGGCCCAGGCUUCUCCCCCCUGGGCUCCACAGCAGCAUCAGCAGCAGCAGCAGCGGCAGCAGGUGGCGGGUUUGGUAUGCCAGGCAUGGGAUAUGGCAUGCAUGGAGGGUUUGGAUUCGGAGCUCCCUUUGACUUCACCGAGCUUCUUGCAGAGCUGGCUCGGCUGCAAGAGCAGGCUCGGGCAGCCCAGCUCGCCGCCGAACGUGCGGACCAGCAGGCCCGGGAGGCUCGGGAAGAGGCUCGGAUGGCCCUGGAGAACGCCCGAGCCGAGUCCCAGCGGCGCUUAGAGGCGGAGCUAGAGAAGGAAUUAGCUAAGCGCCAGGCGGAGGAAGAGGCUAAGCACGCUGCGGCGGCAAAAGAGGAGGCGGCGGAGGCGAAAAAGGCAGCGGCGGAAGCAGCAGCAUCAGCUGCGGCUUCUCUUGUGAAAGCGCAGGAGGAAUAUGCUUUAGAGAAGGUGAAGAAGCAGCAGGAGUUCCGGCAGUACACUAUAGAGGAGCUGGAGGCUGCUUGUAACGGAUUUAGUGAGGAGAACCUGGUGGGCGAGGGGGGGUACGGGUCGGUGUAUAAGGGCAUGUUGGAGCACUUCCCUGUGGCUGUCAAGGUGCUGAAGAACGCCCAGACGAACCAGGCGCUGAAGGAAUUCAAGAAAGAGGUGGAGGUGCAGCGGGGGCUGCGGCACCCCACCAUCGUGCUGCUGAUCGGGUGCUGCCACAACCCGCCGUGCCUCGUGUACGAGUACAUGCCGCAGGGCUCACUCUACGACCGCCUGCUCUGCGAUAAGGGCUCUCCCCCCCUGCCUUGGAACGUGCGCUUUGAGAUAUUCGAGAACAUGUGCAAGGCGCUCAUUCACCUGCACAACCGGGUUCCAGCAAUCGUGCAUCUGGACCUCAAGCCAGCCAACGUGCUGCUGGACAACAACUUUGUGGCUAAACUGGGAGACGUGGGACUAGCUCGCUUCCUAGUGGGUAUGGACAACGGCCGCUCCUUCAUGCAGCAGUCCAUGGCCGUGGGCACCUUCGGCUACGUGGACCCGCACUUCCUGCGCACGGGGCAGUUCUCCCGCGAGUCCGACAUCUACUCCCUGGGGAUGGUCAUGCUGGACAUGCUGAUAGGGAUCAAUGAGACGUCUGGGGAGAGGGGGAAGAGGGAUCGGGAGUUGGAGGCCUUGGAGGAGUGUGAGGAGGGCGGGGAUGUGGAUGCGCUUGGGGAGCUGCUGGACCCGUCCGCGGGGUGCUGGCCGCCACGUGUCGCACUGCAGCUGGUGCAGCUGGUGCGGCAGAUGGCGCAUUACAAGAGGAAGGCGCGGCCGGACCUGAGCAAGCAGGUGAUGGCGGUGGUGGAGGAGCUGCGCCCCUACGUGGACGCGGCUGUGGCGCUGGAGAGGGCGGACCGCAUGGACAACUACCGUGACUUUGUGCCCAACGAGUUUCGAUGCCCCAUCACCAUGGGCAUCAUGGAAAACCCGGUUCUCGCAGCGGACGGCCACACGUACGAGCGCGAGGCCAUCGAGCAGUGGCUGCGCGUGCACAACACGUCGCCCAAGACGGGCAGGCGGCUGGAGAGCAAGGCGCUGACGGACAACAUUGCAGUGCGCUCCAUGAUCGCCGAGUGGCUGGAGCACCGGCUGCAGAGGAGAGAGUCCCAAAAUCUCGACAGCCUCGUUAGUGGCGACUAUGUUGAUUCAAGGGACAUGCCACUCGAGGGGGCACGUGACGAGCACAUGCAAGCGGGGCAGACGGGGUAUUAUGGAGGCAGUGGUGGGCCGUCAGGGGAGUAUCCUGGUGGGGAUAGUGCCAACAACGGGUGCUUUGCUGGUGGUGGGGAGCUUUAUAGGGAGUACAGGAAUGGAGGAGGGGCGUAUGGAGUGGGGGAUUAUAUCGAGCGGUUGAAGGGGGGCUGUAGGGUGGUGGAGGAAGGGAGUGAGUGGGACGAGGAGGAGGAAGAGUGUGGGGGGGACGUUAUGCGUCCUGUGGUGGCUACUGUUACUCGAUGUGAAAGAGCUCCUACCCCGCCUCAUGCUGCUGCUGCUGCUGAUGGGUUGGGGUACAAGGCAUACAGGGAAGCGAGGCGGAGAGAUGAUGGAGGGAGAGGAAGCUUUUAGGAAAUGUGAUGCCAGAUGCGGUGCAGCACGGAUCAAAGAUUUAGCAGCAUCAGUUUAUUUGGAAUCCCACAUUUGUUCUAUCCUUGUGUGCAUUUCAAAUCAUGUUUAAAGCCCGCGGCCCAAAUUGCGAGGCGCUACCUUCAAACGCACUGUGUUUGAAAGUCGCGUUUUCGUGGGUGUAGAUGGGGGUAACGUGACUCGCGUCACUCGGGGCUGGCUUUCAAGUGCAGUGAGGAACGUAUUUUGGGACACCAAGUGCCUUGCGUUUUUUAGCCGUCCAAUAUGUUGGGCUGAGAAAUGCCCUUAGGAUCUUUUCAGAGACUAAGUCCCAGUUGU